AUGAGUGAGUUCUAUGGCCCUACAAACGAUGAAGAGAAUAUCAAGACACUUGAGCGUUCAAUCGAGAUAGGAUCAACAUUCUGGGAUACAUCUGACUUGUAUGGAAUCGACUCUCACAACGAGCGUCUACUAUCUGGUGUAUUGAAGACCCAGAGAGAUAAGAUUUUCUUGGCUACAAAGUUUGGAUUUGUUCGCACUAAGGCUGGAGAGAUUACUGGUAUAAGUGGCAAGCCCGAAUAUGUCCGCGAAGCAUUCGGGAAAAGUCGAAAGAGACUUGGUGUUGACGUAGUCGAUCUGUAUUACCAGCAUCGUGUUGAUCCUAAUACUCCUAUUGAAGAGACUGUCCGAGCAAUGGCUGAACUUGUCAAGGAAGGCCGUGUUCGUUUCAUUGGUUUAUCUGAAUGCUCUGCAGCAACCCUUCGUCGUGCCCACAAGGUGCACCCAAUUACCGCUGUCCAAACCGAAUACUCACCCUGGACCUUGGAUAUUGAGACUAAUGGUUUGCUCGAUACUGCUCGUGAAUUAGGUGUUUCUAUUGUGGCAUACUCUCCUCUUGGUCGUGGUUUUUUGACUGGUGCUAUCAAAAGUCUUGACGAUCUUGAUAUAACCGAUUUAAGACGCUAUUUUCCUCGUUUCUAUCCUGAAAAUUUUACCAAGAACCUUGACCUUGUUGAAGGAAUUACUUCACUUGCUACUAAGAAGGGAGUUACUCCCAGUCAAUAUGUGCUGGCAUGGGUUCUUGCUCAAGGCCCUGAAUUCAUUGUAAUUCCUGGUACUAGAAAAAUUAAGUACCUUGAAGAGAACGUCAAGGCUGGAGACAUUGUUCUGUCAAAAGAAGAGGUGGCUGAGAUGAGACGUUUGAUUGAGAAUGCUGAUACUGCAGGAAAACGUUACCUUCCUGAACAUCUUGCGUUUGUCGAUCUUUAG